GGGGCUCCGAGGGGAGGGGGCCCGCGCAGGUUCCUGGCUGAGGCCAGCCGCGAGGGAGGGAGAGGGAGGGGCGCUCGGGAACCCGCUGCAGACCUGCCGCGCGCUGGGCCCGGAGUCGGCGUCUCCAGGCCUCAGAUGGCAGCCUCGAGUUCUCGGCCCGCUCCCACCGUCCAGACGUGAGCGGGGGAAACUGAGGCUCGGAGAAGGGCGGUGGCAGCGACGCGGGACAGCCGGGCUACUGCUCCCUCCGCACCACCGUGCUGGGGCGGCGCUUAUGACCUCCCAGGGUAGAGAUGGGGCGGCUGGCAAAGCACACAGGCUAAGUGCUGAGGAGAGGGACCAACUGUUGCCAAACCUGAGGGCUGUGGGGUGGAAUGAGCUGGAAGGCCGCGAUGCCAUCUUCAAGCAGUUCCAUUUCAAAGACUUCAAUAGGGCAUUUGGGUUCAUGACAAGAGUGGCCCUGCAGGCUGAGAAACUGGAUCACCAUCCUGAAUGGUUUAACGUGUACAAUAAGGUUCACAUCACCCUGAGCACCCAUGAGUGUGCAGGCCUUUCAGAACGGGACAUAAACUUGGCCAGCUUCAUCGAACAAGUAGCAGUGUCCAUGGCAUAGAUCCUGCCUUUCCUCUCUUAAUUCCUCGGGGUUAGCAAGUGACUAAACUGGAACCAGGGAGGGAACCAAGAAGACCUUGCUGCAAGUCAGAAUUGCCAAGUCAAUCUUGUUGCCUCUGUUUGGAGGUGAGUCUUUGCUGUGGAAAGAGGCAAUGACUGCUUCACUGCCAACACCAGGAUUGAAGACCUUUCCCCCGACACCACUCUCUUCAUUCUUGGGGCUCUGUUAUGUGUACACUCAUUUAAAUAAGCUUUUCCCUUUCUUUGUAAUUUCCCAGCAACAGUAAUUUCUUUCCCAGUUGUGUCUUGCUCCUUUUCUAAUUCAUUUCACAAGAAGCUGUGAUAGAGGGUGAAACAAAGUCCUAUCAUGGAAA